UUUAAAACCAAACCGGAUCCCCAUUCGACAGCUGCACGCGAAGACUCUGCCAUUCCCGCCGUCUGCUUAACCCCCUCCUUCCCAGCCAGCAAUCAGAGAACUCGAUCGCCAUGGAUCCUCAGCCAGAGCCAGUCAGCUACAUCUGUGGAGAUUGUGGGACGGAGAACACUCUGAAGCCCGGCGAUGUCAUCCAGUGCCGAGAGUGCGGUUACCGCAUCCUCUACAAGAAGCGCACCCGCCGAAUUGUUCAGUACGAGGCACGCUAGAGAACGAUUCGCAUGCUGAUGACUGUGUUUACCGGAGUUGAUUGUGAUAACCCGAAAGGGCCCCGUAACUAAGACAAUAUUGAUGUUUGAGUGUUGCAGUUUGUAAACGUUAAUGAGACAGACUUAAUGUCAUGAAAGUUUGUCAUUUUAUGGAAUUGUGUCAAUUUCUGUGGUGUUU